AUGUGGACGGGAGCAGACAUGACAGCAGUGGGAGAACUGGUGCUAGUGCUGGGCUUGCUGGUGAGCGCUCACUGUGAGGUGAGAGCACGAGACCCUGAAGUGGAGGAGGAGGAGGAGGAGAUGGGAGGAAGAGCAGCAGCAGGAGGAGGAGGAUUAGGGUUCCCUCCUCACUUUGAGAGGCUUUAUCCUGGGGCGACAGAGACCCCCCCACUGGGAGAGAGAGAGAACUACCCAGCCCGAACUGGGAACUGGUGUGCGUUCGUGCAGAAGCGUGAAGUUACUGUUGCCGUGGCGUGUGGAACUGAGAAGUACACCAUCAAGUCUCAGAGUCCCUGUCCAAGCGGGACGCCCGACUGUCAGCUGGUCAUGUACAAGCUGUCCACCCGGCCGAUCUACAGGCAGAAGCAGCAGAUCUUCACCGCUCUGCUGUGGCGCUGCUGUCCGGGACACGGAGGACACAACUGUGAGGAAACAGCCUCUGACGCACAGCUGGAUUCUGAAAGCUCCGCUCUGAUUGGAGGAUCUGAAACAGCGAUGACUGAGCUCCACCCUCCAGGUCUCCAGCGACAGCAGCACGUUGACCCAAACCGCGAACAGAACGACUACCAGGAGUCCAACAGCGAGAUGUAUGAUACCGGCUACCGACACAACACCACAAACCCUGCCCUGGACCAAGGCCACCCCCACAACCCUCAUCCCACAUCACACCACACCACUAACACGUAUGACCACCGGCACCAUACUCACAACCAACGGAAGAAGGAACGCAACAAUUUUGAUGGUUCGGAUGCCACUGAUGUCUCGUACCAAGAAGCCACAGCCACCCUCCCCGUUCCCCACAUGAUGGCCCUGGUCAUGUCCCAGCUACAGCCGAUCCUGGAGGGCUUCAACCGCUCGCUGGACCACCUGAGCCGGCAGGUAGGGGAACUGGCCCGUGACGUGGCCCAGCUGAAGAGCAGCCAGCUGGAGGCAGAGCUGCAGGCAGGGCCCCAGGACGGCCCCGAGUUCGACGAGGCAGCGGAGGAGCGCUUGGAUGCCAAACUGAAUGAGGUGUUUCAGAACAUCAGGGAGGUCCAGAGGCAGAUGGAGAGCCAGCGGACGGACAUGGAGAAUAGGCUGCACUACCAGCAUGUAAUGCUGCACUACAACCUCACCAACUUUAAGACAGAUAUUGACAUGAAGCUGAAACGCAACCAGAAGAUGCUGCAGGUCAGCCUUCAAGCCAUGAACACCUCAUUGGCUGAACUGAAACUGGACCAGGAUCAGACCAUUGAGGAUGAGCUGGAGGAUCACCUAGCUACCCCCUCUCCACCCCCCCACCCACCGCAGCCCUCAGACAACUCAGCGCUCUGGGAGGCCAUCAAACGCCUGGACAACAUGGUGGUUAACAACACAGUGAAGGUGGGCGGCCUGAUGGAGGACGUGGAGGUGACCUCAGGGAACGUCCAUCAGCUGAGGUGGGACUUGAAGGGGCUGGCGAAGCAGAUCAACCAGACGGCUCGGACCAGUCAGAUUCAGUUCAUGGAGACGGGGCUGGAGGUGGAGGCGGCCAGAGAGACGGUGUUGCGGCAGGUGGACGAACUGGCGAGGAACCUCAGCCGGCAGGCCACCGAUCUGCAAGAGAUAGGUUCGGACGUGGACUACCUGUACAUCACCAUCUACAAGAGCAACUCGUCUGGAGACUGCGAUUGCAAGGGGCUGAAAGCCACCGUGGCGAGACUAGAGAGGGGCGUGGCCAAUGUCACAGAGCUGGCCAAUGAGAACCGAUUAGCCCUGGAGGAGAACAGCGAGGGAGUAGCUGUGGAUGGGGCCAGCGACUGGGAGCCAUUGGUGGGGGUGCUCCAACGCGGCCUUCAGGAGGUGAAGGAGUAUCAAGUCUCAGAACAAACCAGGACCAGGACUCUGGAAGACAGCUUGGCCCAGCUAAGCAGCUUGGUGAAGGUCAGUAUGGCUGAAGUCUCCGGCCUGAAGGAGGCCGACCAAAAGCAGGUGGAGAGGAUGGAACACCUGUCCAGCUUCUUUAACUCGCUACUGAAAGACGUCAUCAGACACAGCAACGUUCUAGAGCUGCUGCUCGGGGAGGAGGUGCUGGAGUUCUUGGAUUGGCAAGUCCAGGACCAGGAGGGCCACUCCAUCCCGGCCCUGAAGGAGCAACUGAGGCAACACAACCUGAGCAUCACCUCGCUGCUGGGCGACAGGCCAGGAGGCAGAGAGGAGGUACCGUCUGCUGACCAGCCCUCCUCCUCCCACCUACUCCAUGAUGACUGGCUCCCUGGUAGCAUGAAAAGAAACAGCGGUGGAGUUCCAGCCAGGGAGCGCCAGCUCCUCCUCCAGACAGAGGGGAGGCAUCUGGAACACAAAGGAGAUGGCAGCGAUCUGUGGAACCUGGAGAAAACAGUGGAGGAGCUGGGGCUGAAGGUGCUCCGGUUAGAGGAGAAAGCCUGUAACACUUCUACUGCCAGAGAGGCGCCACCCAGUGAUGUGGAGGCCGACCUGCUGAAGGAGGUGAUGUGGCUGAAGAGAGGGCUGGAGGAACAUCUGAGGGUGUUCAAGAACGUCUUCAGUAACGCUGAUGUGCUGGCGGGAUCUGACGCCACGCUGGAGUUAGAUAAACUGUGGCAGCUAGUGAAGAACAAAGAAGGGAAGAAGGAGAAGAAGAAAGGAGGAGGAGGAGGAAGGGAGGGAUCAGGAAGAGGAGGAAGCCAUCGAAGCAGGAGGGAUUCAGGAGUCUUUCCUGUCCCGUCCGGCCUAUCAGAAGAGUCUCUGCUGCUCGUGGCUCGAUCUCCUCUGAGCGUCUCAAAUGGCGCCAUCAUGUUAGCAGCAUCUCUGAACCGGGGUCAGUUUUACUCUGACACCGGCACCUUCACGGCUCCGGUGAACGGGGUCUACCUGUUUAUCCUCACCUUAGACCUGAGGCCAGGUCCCACCCGCGUGGCCCUAAGGAUUGGGUCAGGAGGGACUCUGGUGUCUCUACACCGACAGAAGGUGACAGAGGUGGGGCCGGUCACCAGCGUGGGCCUCCUGCCGCUGAGCGAGGGGGAGGAAGUGAGACUGGAACUGAAGGGAGGAGCGUGGGCGGAGUCAGAGAACAAUGUGUUCACCGUACUGCUGCUCCACCGGACCACCUGAGGGCGCUGUGGACCGAUCAGCUGACAGCUGGAGGAAAGACACUGAUCAGAGAUAUUGGGAGGGGCGGAGUCACUGAAGCCACAGAGUCAGAAUUUGUUGUAAAACAUAUUUGAAAAGAGAUUUUAAUGUUUGCUGAAUUCCAGUUGGUGGAGGCUUUAUCCCAAAGCACCUUACAGAAUCCAAAUCAGGGAAUCAAACAAUCAACCCUUAAACCACUAGUCAGUUCUGAUAAAUCUGUCCACUGCAUGUUACAAACUGUUACAGUUUGAACUCAACAAAUGUCUAAAAUCUGGAUACCAACUAGAAGCCUGAAGGAAAUUUAAAAAACCGGCAAACCAAGAGAACUGAUUGAAAACAGUUACCGGCAUCCUGCCGAACAUUAGCCCGACAUCGCCCCCAGCCUGCGCAACAUGCUCUCCGACAAAAUAAACAGUAAAACAACAGACGGUGCCAAACUUUCAGCUUCCAAGUUUGAAGUCUGGUCGCAGACAGCCGGUAUCAAUACAUCCUGGAGCUUGAACCGUUACCAGCGUUCCUCCUGUUACAAACUGCUUCUCAAUAGUAAAAAGCACAUUCCAGUUCCACCUUCCACAUCUUUUUAUUAUGUGAGUUGCUUUAGCGAGAACACAACUAUUGGGGACAGUGAGGUUGAUUCACUAAGUGUUCAGCUCUCAGUAGUUUUGUAGCUUCUAAAUGAAACUCUGUGGUUUGAAGUUAAGUUUCUCUCUUUCAGAUAUCUGCUUUAUUUUACUGUUUCUUGUUUGCUUUCAGCUGUAGAAGUCGUUAAGUUACUGCUGAUGAAAAGUUACUGCUGAUGAAAACCCAACAUUUUCUGAUUUUACUGUUUUAUAAUAAAACAGUUUUAAAUUACAAAAUAUUUGAGUCUACGUACCUACAUACCACCGGAUGGUGGCCGUGUUUAUUUGUGUUUUAGAACGUAACCACCAUGAAACAGUUAGACAAUAACAUUUUAUUUAUUUCAUUAAUUCACUGCUUUGCUCUCGCUAACGCCGCUCCCUCUAUUGAUUCAAUACUGAGGUUUCUCGACCUUCGCUGCUCUCUCUGCCUGUAAAGACACACCUUCAAGCGGGCAGCCCUGUUGUAUAAUGGAGAUGCAAAUCCAUGGCGUGUUGGUGCUGUGCUUCCCUGGGAUGUCAGAGAAAGGUAAAAAAAAAAAAGCUGAAAACAAACAAGGCGUGUCAGUCAGUACUUCCCUUUGGAGACUCAGUAAAUCACAGGAAACCCCCCAAAACAUAAUGUGCUCUCUUUCAUCACAAUCUUCUUGAGCAGCAUGAAGCCCUGGGUGCAGAGACAGUGCCCCGCAAAAUAGUGUCUGAGAGGAACUUCUUUGUUAAAACAUUUGCAGGUGCGGAGGCCUUUUUAAAAAAAAAAGUUAAACGUGUCUUUACAUCAAUGUACAACUGUAAAACUGAACUGAAAUUCAUCAUCUGUGUCUUUGAAGGGAUGUUUUUACUUUACACUAAGUAAAUAUUUGUAUGUAAAGUCACCUGUGUCUAAUGUUCGUAAAGUAUCAAUAUAAUUACGUAAAAACACAGAGCAAUAUAUAUUUAUAUAAAGGAACAGCUGAGCCGUGUGUUACAACUGAAAAUGGUGUAAAGAAAGAGAUAAAUGUGUUUAUAUAAAAGCCAGAAAAGAGCCUUAAACUGUUACCAUCUUGUAACUUAAUAAAACGUCUUUAUGUA